UGAGAUUGUUUUUCUCGAAUCCGAUCCUCCACACUAUAUAAAACAAAAAUAAAACUUCAUCAAUUAUCGUUCCCAAUUUUCUCACAUUUACCGUAACUUUUUUUUUUCCAUUACACUCGUUCUUCCCCUCUUUUCCCCUUCCUCUUCGCAAGAAUCAGUGCUUAGUGGUUGAUUACACCAGAAGGACUUCACUAUUACAAGUUACCAAGGGCAAGUUUCAUGUCUGAGUUUGACACAAACAUCCCAACAACUUUUGAUCCCUUUGCUGAGGCAAAUGCUGAGGACUCUGGUGCCGGUGCCGGGACAAAAGAAUAUGUUCAUGUCCGUGUACAACAGCGUAACGGAAGGAAAAGCUUAACAACUGUUCAAGGGUUAAAGAAAGAGUACAGCUAUAGCAAGAUACUGAAGGACCUGAAGAAAGAAUUCUGCUGUAAUGGUACUGUUGUCGAGGACCCUGAGUUGGGCCAGGUCAUACAACUUCAGGGUGAUCAAAGGAAGAAUGUUUCUACAUUCCUUGUGCAGGCUGGCAUUGUAAAGAAGGAGAAUAUCAAGCUUCAUGGUUUCUAAGACUAAUCAAAAGUGCACAAUUUAGCUACAUGUUAAAUGCUUAACAUGCAGACUACAGUCAAUAUCAUCUGAAUUCAAGAAAUCAGUCAUAGCAACAUAUUGUCGUUAAGGGGUUUUAUAUAAUCUACUUGCUACAUAUUUUGGAUUAGUAUUUGCUAGGUUACUUAUGAUAAGGAUUAAUGUCUGCUUCUGAGACAAACAUCUUGAAUAAAAUUGUCAUUAUUUCUACCCA